AUGGCGACUUCCAUCAUCGCACCGGGCGAGAUCCCGAACGCAACGCCUGAACAGCUCUCGCCCAUCCUACUGCGACUUCUCGAAUGUCCCAAGGAUCUGCUGCCGGACCUAGCAUCGCAGUCUGCUGCCGCCAUUGCUGAUCUUCCCGAAGACGCUCGUCCAGAAUCCUACGAAGGCCUGCUCGAUGUAGCUCGUUUCUGCGUCGAAGAUGAGCCAGGCUGGGAGGUGGAGCGCCGCGCCAAGUUCAUCGGAGGCCAUCCAAGGAUCGGUGCUCCCCUCAAUGCGCCCACGUCCGAGCUAAGCGAAGAGUCUCGCAAGGAACAGAUGAAAGGCGGUCAGGUCGAUCCUGCCACGCUCGAGAGACUAGCAAGACUCAACGCUAUUUAUGAAGCCAAAUAUCCCGGUCUCCGCUUCGUUACCUAUGUUGCUGGUCGUUCACGAGCCGCCGUCGCCGACGAGAUCGCUUCAAUGCUCGGCGAAAAGGCGGCCGCACUCAAGGACGCCAAAGACCUUGCCAAGAGCGAGGUGCGCACGCAAGGUACCGAAGAAUGGCAGGCGGAACUCGACCGGGCCUCGGAUGCGCUGUGGGAGAUUGCGGUCGACCGUGCCGGCAAAUUGAAGGCCGAAGUUAAAGCUGCAACAACCACAAAUGAAGACGGUGAGGAUCCUACUACACUUGCAGCUCGGCCGUCCAAGGCGUCUGCGACAGACUCCACCGCUGAAGCAGGCACCAAGGACGCCGUAGCUGUGCAACAGGAACAAGACUCAGAACCUAUCGGACAGGAUGUUCCCUUCUUAUCACUCGCCUCGUUCCGCAUGCUUGUGCUUUCUUCUCCCGUGCUCGAAUCUUUCUUCAAAUCCGACCUCACCGAAUCCUUCUACUUGGAACCCGUCGAACGUUCGCAGAGCGGCGGCGCCUACGCCUGGCACACCGCGCCAAGUCUGCCGGGAGCCCCGCGCGCCGUGCCCGGGGCCAGCAAGGACAGCAGCUGGGCCACAAGCGAAGCAACCUAUAGUCGCGAUGUCACCACGGGAGCGCGAGGCAAAGUCGUUGGCUUCUUGGGUAAUCUGUUGGGCGAAGAAGGGAAAGCAAAGAUGAAUCAGCUCGCGGAUCAGGUCGGGCAGAGGCUGCAGACGCAUACCGUGACAGGGCCGAGACCGUCGUUUGGACGCAAUUCGACCUUGGAUGGCGGCAAGAUGGAUACGCAGGAGUUGAGGGAGAAGGAGGCAGAGGAGAGGAGGAGGGUGGCCGAGGAGCGGAAAUCUACGCUGGGAAAUCGGCUGUUCAAUGCGUUACGUGCUCCGGCACGGACGCCUUCGACACAGGACCUGAAAGCUGCGGCCGCUUCAUCGGGUACACCAGGCGUCGCAACGCAAAGUGCCGCGUCUACAGCGUCCGAAGCAGAACGAGGACGAACCCUGGAUAAGCAGUCCAAAGUGGACAAGCGAAUCAGUCUCAGGGGAAGCGAUUUGUCUACGGCAGGACCCAAAGCCGCCGCAGAAGCGUUGCGUGCAGCGCAGGAGGCAUUGUUGCAAGAGCGUCCUGCGUUUGUGAUUGACGAGGUGGGCGAAGACGAGGGCGAGGGCGAAGGGGAAGCAGCCGAUGUCGAGGAGCUGGGCGACGUGGUAGAUGAGGCUCAGAGUCAGACGGCCGAAGGACUGUUGAGUGGGAGAGAAGCGCAAAUGGCCAAAGAGCUUCGGUCAGCUCCAGCGCAGUAG